AUGCAAAAUGCUUUAUUUGUGCAGGCCUUACGAACAGCCUCCAGCUGUUCUGGGAUCUUCCCGAUUCCUCUGCAGACUCUGUCCAAGAGGAUUGUUCAGUCCAGAUUAAACAGCACGCUGGUCGGCGUCUUCACCAUCAUCCUGGUCUUUCUGUCAGCUUUCAUCAACAUUUUCACCUGCAGCAGUGUGGACCUGCGGAGCUGCAUCACAGCUGAGCUCAACAUCAGCCUGGACAGCGUGAGUCCAUGUCACGCUCACUUCCUCAACUACAGCCUGGACGCUGAGCAGCCGCCCUGCGGAGACGGCGCCCUGGUCUGCAGAUUCCCCGAGUACUUCUCCUGCUGCGUGCUGCUCAGCCUGCUGGCCUGCUCCGUCUUCCUGCAGAUCAGCAGCAUCGGGAAGCUCUUCCUCAUGCUCUUCAUCGAGCUGCUCUACCUGCUGGUCAUGGAGGUCCCCAAAGUCAGCCUCUUCGACAACCAGGACCUGCUGGUCAUGGCCAACGCCAUCAGCGUGGCCGAGAACGUGAAUGGAACAAGCUGUGUGGUCGACACCAAGGUUCCCCUGAAGAUCAUGACCCCCGUGGUCCUCACGGUCUUCGUUCUCGCCCUCUACCUGCACGCCCAGCAGGUGGAGUCCACGGCCCGGCUCGACUUCCUCUGGAAGCUGCAGGCCACCGAGGAGAAGGAGGAGAUGGAGGAGCUGCAGGCCUACAACCGCCGUCUCCUCCACAACAUCCUGCCCAAAGACGUGGCCGCCCACUUCCUGCAGCGCGAGCGGCGCAACGACGAGCUCUACUAUCAGUCCUGCGAGUGCGUGGCCGUCAUGUUCGCCUCCAUCAGUAACUUUUCCGAGUUCUACAUCGAGCUGGAGGCCAACAACGAGGGGGUGGAGUGUCUGCGGCUGCUGAACGAGAUCAUCGCCGACUUCGAUGAGAUCAUCAGCGAGGAUCAGUUCCGCCAGCUGGAAAAGAUCAAGACCAUCGGCUCCACCUACAUGGCGGCCUCCGGCCUCAACGACUCCACGUACGACAAGGCCGGGCGCUCGCACAUCCGCGCCCUGGCUGACUACGCCAUGCGGAUGAUGGACCAGAUGAAAUACAUCAACGAGCACUCCUUCAACAACUUCAAGAUGAAAAUAGGUCUCAACAUCGGGCCCGUGGUGGCCGGGGUGAUCGGGGCGAGGAAGCCUCAGUACGACAUCUGGGGCAACACGGUGAACGUAGCGAGCCGCAUGGACAGCACAGGCGUCCCCGAGAGGAUCCAGGUGACCACAGACCUGUACCAAGUCCUGAGCUCCUACAACUACACCCUGGACUACAGAGGGGUGGUCACCGUCAAGGGCAAAGGAGAGAUGAUGACCUACUUCCUGACCGCCGGCCCCUCCGGCAGUUAGCCCCGCCUCUCAGCG